AUGUCUCUCUUUUUCCCCGGACGCGACUCUGCCCAGAGCAAGACCUCGCAAUUCCACGGCCCAACGCCCCUCCAAGCCCGUCCGGAGCUCUAUAGCGCAUUCUCCAUCGUCGAGGAUGCCAAAGACAAGGCGCUCAAAGCAGCACCCAAGCCGCAGCAGGGGAAGAUCGAGCUGUACUCCCCAAAGUACUAUGCUGCUUGCACGUUUGGCGGGAUGCUAGCCUGCGGACUCACGCACGCGGGCGUCACCCCGCUCGACCUCGUCAAGACCCGCCGCCAGGUCGACUCCAAGCUGUACACGAGCAACUUCCAGGCCUGGGGCAAGAUAUACCGCGGCGAGGGCCUCCGCGGCAUCUUCACGGGCUGGAGCCCGACGCUGUUCGGGUACUCGGCCCAGGGCGCCUUCAAGUACGGCUGGUACGAGUACUUCAAGAAGACCUACUCCGACGCGGUCGGCCCCGAGGCCGCCGUAAAGUACAGGACGGGCCUCUACCUCGCCGCGUCCGCGUCGGCCGAGUUCCUCGCCGACAUCGCCCUGUGCCCCUUCGAGGCCGUCAAGGUCCGCAUGCAGGGCAGCCUGCAGAGCCCGUUCAGGGGCACGUUCCACGGCAUCAGCUCCGUCGUCGCCAAAGAGGGCGCGGCCGGCCUGUACAAGGGCAUCUACCCGCUCUGGGGCCGCCAGAUCCCGUACACCAUGAUGAAGUUUGCGUCCUUUGAGACUAUCGUCGAGAUGAUCUAUGACCGCCUCCCCGGCCAGAAGAGCGACUACAGCAAGGCCGCGCAGACGGGCGUCUCCUUCACGGGAGGGUAUCUUGCUGGUAUUCUCUGCGCCAUUGUGUCCCACCCCGCCGAUGUCAUGGUGAGUAAACUGAACGCGAACCGUGAGCCUGGAGAGGCUUUCGGGAAGGCGAUGAGCCGGAUCUACAAAGACAUUGGCUUUUCAGGUCUCUGGAAUGGCCUUCCGGUUCGAAUUGUCAUGAUCGGUACCUUGACUGGUUUGCAGUGGAUGAUCUAUGAUUACUUCAAGAUUUUCAUGGGCUUUCCAACCACAGGCGGCCCCGCCCCAGCCAAGGAGUCCAAGUGA